CCAACACCCACAAUAUGCCUCUUCCCAGUCCUUCUCCGACCCUCCUGUCAUUUCGCAAGCAACACCUGCUCGUCGAAUUCUCCAGCCUCCACGCUGCACAGCUCGAGGGCGUUUUCGUGACCAUCACGCCGGGAGACCCUACGCUGUGGGUGGGAGUCAUGUUCGUACGAAAAGGUCCCUACGCUCCUGCGGUUCUGCGUUUCCAAAUAUCCUUCCCGCCCAGCUAUCCUACACUGCCUCCGCUAGUGACUUUCUCCACCGAUGUCUUUCAUCCGCUUCUCACGCCACUCACCACCUACACGUACACCACUGGAUCGUCGGAUACGGACACGGUCAGUGCGACCGAUGAGGAGAGGUUACCACCCGGAGGAUUUAGCCUUCAUCACGGCUUCCCACAGUGGUUCGGGCGUGCUCGGAAGUCUGCAGUGAGUUCUCGUAAUGCUAGCGGAUCUGGUGUGGGCAGCCCCGCCCGCAGCCACACGCCCGUCCCCGCCGAAUCCAAGGAGUUGCCAACGAGUGCUGCAGAGCUUCACUCGAUUGCCGCUGCACCCGAGAAAGAAGUAUCCAUUACCAGAGUGCUGGAGUACAUGCGUUCGACCUUUUGCGACGAAAUGGUUCUAGACUCAAUACCGCCAGAAGCUGCAGCGAACCCAGGCGCAUUUCAUGCAUGGCGGACGUACCGUGCAGCAAUCCUACAACCUCAUCGCUCGCCAUCGCCGAACUCUCCCACUUUAGACUCCCAAAUCAGCACUACGGCCGGGGCACCCGACAGUUCUACGUUAGGGAGGAAUCGUCGGCCCGGAGCAUGGAAUUGGGAAGGAGUUUGGGAAGAGCGUGUCAGGAAAGCUGUCAGGGCGAGCCUGUCAGAACCCGUACUGUUUGGUGGCAGCACGGCAGGAGAUGAGAUGAUUCGGUUUCGUGAUGCAGAUGACGAGAACAUGGAGAGAAUGAAGAGACACUUGGAGUCGGUGAUUGCGAGAGCUGCUGAGACAUAGCGUACGGUCAAACGUGCAGGAUGUUCAAAAGCGUGAUACUAUGAUACCCUGAAACUUUCCACUUGGAAUGGGAAACCCAGGCAAAUGCUGGCAUUUGACUUUUAAGGACUUUCCAGAGUCUUAAAUAAGUAGUUACGGCUUUCCGAGUGAAGGACUAGCAAUAUUUAGAGAAAGCAUUCCUCGGACAACUUGCAG